AAUGGUUGGUGGUACUCAUUUGAGCACAACAUGUUUCUGGAGCAAGAGGCGGCGCGAUUGCAGGAGCGCAGGUGUCGUUUGGGGAGAGGGGGGGAGAAAGGAAAUAGCUGGUGCUGGAGCUGGACUCUCCUGAGCAGUGAAUCUUUGGUGUUAUUGUUGUAGUGUGGACUGCAUCGUGUGAGAGCUGGGAUUUCUGCUCGGGGAGUCUGCGGCGACAGCAGCUGAAGGUUGUGUGAGAAGCUACCCUUCGUGUUUGAGUGUUGCGAGUUGCAGCUGUGAUCAAUAUGGAUGCCGCAAAGCUGAGAUGCGCGCAUCUCGGGCUCCUCGCUGUCGUCGCAUUCCUCUGCGUCGCCUCCGUCGCUGGUGAGCAGGGAGUAGUGGGGUUUUUGGGCAGUGGAGAAUCUGAAGCCGGAGCGAUCUUCCUACCAGGGAUUCCAAGCAGACAUCUCCUUCAGACAUUGCAACCAUGCCCCGUCGACUUUGCAAACCAGAAUUAUAGUAUAGUGACCAGUGUGUGCAACGCCACCGCUCCCGACAUGCCUAAAUGCUGCAGUUCUUUCACUGAAUUUGCGUGCCAGUUUGCAUCCUACAUCAACGACGAAUCUACGAACUGUGCAACGGCAAUGUUCAGUUACCUUAACAUUGCAGGGAACUACCAGGCGCAGUUGUUUCAGGGGUGCCGAGGCGAUGCACAAGGUCUACCUUGUCCACUAGUGCCCGAGCCAUCCCCCAACCCAUCCAACCCAAACAGCGCUACCAUGCAUGGGCCCCACGGACUUUCCUUCGUUGUGAUGUUCUUAGCACUCAUUGCACUCUUCUGGUAACCUCAAUCUGUAUUUUGGUCGAUUUAACAGUUCGAAUUAGUAUUUGAAUCAUUUCUUGUCUGGUAGCUAUACAGAUAUAGAAUUUGUAGAACCCGAUUCUAUCUUGGUACAGCUGAUUUCCUGGAUCACCGUUAACUUGAAAAGUAGUGACCCCACUUGGCUCCAGGAAUUGUAGAGUAGAUACAUGUGUUAAUCCUCCUUCAGGAAUUCCUGGUUUGACCUUCAAUCUUGGCCCUUGAUUGUAACGAGUCCACGAGGCUUAACCAAAACCAGAUCAAUAAACCGAGUGUUCUGUGGUCUGUGUUUCAUCAACACAUAUUACAACCGAAGAACUGUUACUUUCCUUGAA